AUGACAACCACCAAAGAGGAAACAGAGAAAGGAGAGCAAGAAGAAGAAGAAGAAGAAGAAGAAGAGGAAGAAGAAGAAGAAGAAGAAGAAGAAGAAGAAGAAGAAGAAGAAGAAGAAGAAGAAGAAGAAGAAGAAGAAGAAGAAGAAGAAGAAGAAGAAGAAGAAGAAGAAGAAGAAGAAGAAGACGCUUUCCAUAUAUUAUACUGUCUACUUGAGAGCGUGCACAUUACGUAA